AUGGUUGUACGUAUACGCUUAGCUCGCCAUGGCGUGCGCAAUCGUCCUUUUUAUCACAUUGUCGUCUGUAAUGCUUGGAAGGCGCCCAGGGCGAAACCCCUUGAGACCAUUGGGACCUUUGAUCCUAUUCCAAAGAAGGAAGAUCCGAAAGACAUAAUUCCUAGAAUAAAGGAUAUAGAACUCAACGUUCAUCGAUUCAAAUAUUGGGUCAGUGUUGGCGCUCAACCCUCAGACACUGUCCGCUCUUUAGCAGAAAAGUUUCAAUUACUUCCCAAAAAGCCUACUCCUUAA